UUGCUUCCAGAGUCAGCGAGAAAACAUCCCGCACAUUACCAUACCUGGCGGCCGCUUUCGGUGUUGGGCUCACCAUGAAUUUGAAAGUUUUGUUCGCCGUCUUGGCGGUCGCUUUGGUAGCGAUCAUUGCUCUGAACUGGAUCCUGCUGGUGGGGAUUUCCAAGACGAAAGGUUGUGAGAAACACAGCUCCCACGCUGAUUUCGGCAAUAUGAUGGAGCAGCGCCGCCAGAAAAAUAUUUUUGCCGAUCUCUUGCGCGAAGAGCUGAUGCAGGUCGUGGAAUACCUGAAGAAGCACUUGGGCGUGAUCCUGGUGAAUCGCACCCAGGCGCUGCCCUCCGAUAACUUCAUCUUCUCGAUCGAAUUACAGCUUCCCCGCAAAGAGGAUGUCUUGAUGUUUUUAGACCAGGGAGGGGAUCCACCGGAGAGGGAAGCCAGAGCUGUGGUGUUUAGGGGGGCAGACAUUAAGCCCAGUAUAAAGGAAUACAUAGUGGGACCUCUCCCCAACCCAAACUACCAUCUGGAUGUCACUUCUAAAUAUUACAACAGCCUUCUCUUCAAUUCAAGGCCACUAGCUUUUCUAGGUUAUAAUCAGUUGAAGUUAGCGAUAAACCUGGAGAACGUUUCUGAAAUUUUCAGGGAAAGUUACGGUUUGGACUGGAAGUCUGCGACACCUUUCGAUUCAUCCCCUCGCGGGUUUGCAUCUGGCGAGAGAGAAACUUGGUUCCCGUACAUGAAAAAUACGAGUGGGGCCUUCCUGCACCCCCUGGGGUUUGAGCUGUUGGUGGACCACAGCAGCGUCAAUAUCUCGGAGUGGAACGUGAAGAAAGUCUUUUACAACGGCCAGUACUUUGACAGCAUCGAUGAGCUUGUGAAGCAGUACAACAGGGGAUCUGUGCAGAAGAUUGACAUCAAAGGAAAAGCUUCCAAUCCAAACUAUGCCUCAUUGAAACCCCGUAAGAAGUUUGAAUUUUUCGGCCCUCUUCAAUACGAGCCCCAGGGACAACGAUACUACAUUUUACAUAAUCACAUUAGGUACUUUGAUUGGGAUUUUGCAUUCCGGCACAGCUCCGCUCUAGGUUUACAACUGUUUGAUAUUCGAUUCAAGAAGGAACGACUAGCUUAUGAACUGAGUAUCCAGGAAUUGGCUGUCACAUAUGGAGGGGAGACACCAGCUUUAAUGAGGACCAAGUUCUUGGACAGUCAUUAUGGAAUUGGGGUGCUUUCCAAUGAGCUGGUGAAGGGCGUGGAUUGUCCCUAUACCGCGACAUUUGUUGAUACGUUACACUUCAUGGACAGCGACGAACCGGUGUGGUUAAGGAACUCCAUUUGUAUUUUUGAACAAAAUCGGGAAGUUCCCCUCAGGCGCCACUUCGAGAGUUGGGUGACUGUCUCCUCUUAUGGGGGGUUGCUCGACAACGUGCUGAUUAUAAGAUCAGUAUCAACCGUGGGAAACUAUGAUUAUGUGUUUGACUUCGUGUUCCACAACAAUGGGGUGAUUGAAACCAAAGUGCACUCCACUGGGUAUGCCCUAACGUCGUAUACUUCGGGAGAAGCAACUAAAUACGGCGCCAAACUUGAAGAUAACGUUUUGGGCAAUAUUCAUACUCACUUCGUACACUUCAAGGCUGACUUGGAUAUCGGGGGUACAUCUAACUCUUUUGAAACAAAUGAUGUAGAAUAUCAACUCAAAUCAGUCCCAUGGAACACUGACAAGAUGGUAUAUGUACCCACUAUGAAAAAGAAGAUUUUAGAGACAGAGAAUGAAGCAGCCUUCAGAUCUGGAACAAUGCUACCUCAAUACCUGAAUUUUGUAAAUUUGGCACAUAAAAAUAAGUGGGGCCAUUCUCGAGGUUACAGGAUUCAAGUGGUAAGCCGCAACCCUAAGAAUGUGCCAGAAGAAAGUCUAGAUGAAAAAGGCAUCUCCUGGCAAAGAUACCAGUUGGCUGUGACAAAACACAAAGAUAACGAGCAAAGGAGCAGCAGCAAUUAUAAUCAGAAUAACAUGUGGAAGCCUCCUGUUUACUUUGAUGAUUUUAUUAAUGGUGAAAGCAUUCAGAAUGAGGAUCUUGUAGCUUGGAUAACAGCUGGAUUUCUCCACAUCCCCCAUGCAGAAGAUAUUCCCAACACUGCCACAUCUGGAAAUGCGAUUGGCUUCUUUCUGAGACCUGUCAAUUAUUUUAACAAUGACCCUUCAGUUUACUCUUCAGAUGCAGUUUACAUCAACCCUGCUGAAAAAACAGACGGAUGUGAGGAUAAUCCAAUGGCAUGUUUGUCAACAGAUGCAAACUGUAAACCAAGCCUCCCAGAUUUUACCUAUGGGGAAGGCUUUCAACAUUAGCUGUUUAUACUAUAGAUUAUAUAACUUCAUUAUAGUGAGUAGCUACCUGAUACUAACCACCACUUUUAAUUAUAGGCUCUGUGGACUAUAUGGAUUGAUUUCAUAUUUCAGUUGUCAUUUAGUUUUAAAGGAGUGAUUAAUCAGAACACGACAUUGUCAAAUGACAAUAAAUAGAAGGGCAGAUUUUACAAACUCCUGCUCUCAAGGCAGGUGCACACCAAGUAGAGAUUCCCAGGAGCUCCAUAAGAUUUCUAUCUAUUAAAUUUUAUUUGCCAGGAAGUUCUCUUAGGCUGCAGUACAAGUGUAUUUUUUAAAACUCUACCCAAGGGUGUACUUUGGUUGAAAACACUUCAUGUUCUUUACUUCACCAGCUCACUGGGAUGUGUUCCAGUCUGAAAAAACUAUUUUUUUAAAUGAGUUUACUAAAAAUGUUUAUUUUCAUUAUAAGCAUUACAAACAGGGGUUAUUGAGGAAUGCUUCACAGAACUGUUUAUCAUUGGGUCUAAUAGUUUCCAACAGCAAAUUCUGAAUCUUUCUAAAAUCUUUCCUAAUAUUUUGAAGAUUAAAUUCCAUGAUUUCUUUUUUCAUUUUUCUCUUCUUAAUAGUGAGUUACAGCAAGUUUCACUAUAGGAAGCUGAACCACUGUGCAGCUCCUUUUCUAUUUAUAACAUGUGUUCCACUGCUGUACAUAGAUUUUAUACGUAAGAAAUAUCUCCUGAAAUUUUUAUGUGAAAAAAGAAAUAUGCCCGCAGUCCUUAAAUCAGGUUUUCUGACCUUCCUUAUGUCAUGGACCCUUACCAUUAACUGAGACAUCUGUGGCCCCCAGGUUGGGAACCCCUGCCUGAAAUAAAGAUCAUGGAGUUAUUGACCUUGUAUUUACGGCUCAUAGAUCCCUCAGCCUGUGAGUGCAAUGUUGCCACAAAUAGUGAAGGGCAGGACAACCUGUAAUAUAAAGGCAAGUACACACAGUGGAGCCUCCUGUAACUAAUAAAUAGGUCACUGAGUGUACAUUCAUGGUCUUCUGCUGCUGUAGCCCAUCUACUUUGACACUUCGAUGCUUUCUGCACACCACUGUUGUAAAGUGUGUUUAUUUGAGUUACUAACACUUUCCUAUCAGCUUAAACCAAACUGGGCAUUCUCUUCUGAUCUCGCUCAUUAACUGCCACUCACUGAAUUUUUUUUUUGUUUUUCACACCAUUUUCUGUACAGGAAAUCAGCAGUUUCUGAGGUACUCAAACCACCUCGUCUGGCAGCAACAAUCAUUCCACGGUCAAAGUCACUUAGAUCACAUUUCUUCCCCAUUCUGAUGUUCGGUCUGAGCAACAAAUGAACCUCUUGACCAUGUCUAUGUGCUUCUAUACAUUGAGUUGCUGCCAGAUGAUUGUCAGAUUAGAUAUGUGCAUUAACAAGCAGGUAUACAGGUGUACCUCAUAAAGUGGACAAUGAGUGUAGUUGGAGGAUAGAACUAUUAACAUCCUCACACUGCCAUUUUCUAUGAUAGCCAUAUCUCAGCUACACUUUGUCUUCAUUUUCUGUACUGCUGUGGAGAGAACUUUUUAGUAUCACUGGCCUACUUCCCUAAUGCCAUUUGCAGGCUGUGCCUUCUAACAAGAUCCUGCCACCUGCAAAACAUGUGGUUUCGGUUUAAUGGUCUUCAAACGGAAGAAACCAAAGUAACAAUUUCUUAAAGAAAUGUAGUCUAUAUUUUACAAUUCUUUUGUGACUUCUGAUAUGGCAUAUCUAAAUGAGACACCUACUUGGCUCACCAAAAUUCUCUGAAUUCCAUAUUCUUGGCAAUCAUUCCCACUCUGGGUUUAACGUUUCUCAGACAGUUUUUAUAGCUUCAGUUCAAAAUAUAUUUUUAUGCUUUACACAGUGAACAUGCCAACAUGAAAAGCACUUCAAGAAAGUAUAGCUAUUUGUCAAUAUAAUCAGGGUGAAAAAUAAAUGUAAUCCUCAGGAUAUAUGUGUUUUGCAAAUAUUGGAUGAGCAUGGUAUAUGCCAAUGUAUCGUUAACUCCGCUUCAAAUAAAGCAGUUAUGGUCCUCAGCCUCUGAAUUCAUGUGAUACCAGAGGUCAGGGUGCUCCCAAAUGUGAUGGUGAUCCCUCAUGCAGACUGGUAUGUUUUUGUUAUCUGUAAUGUUAUAGCAACAGAGAAGUUAACCACAACAAUAUUAACUGUGUAUUAAAAGUCCCUGACAAUUUGCAAGAACAAGGUUUACUUUUGGAAGUGUGCUUACACCGGCUGGCACUAUAAAAAUACAAAUUAUUUACUAGAGCAAAGAUAAUCCAUGUAAAAAUUGGUUUGAUUUCCAUUGCUGCAAUAAUAUGAAACACUCAUUGUCUACCUGCAAUGAGUCAUGGUCCUUUCCACAGAACAAAUUACAGAGAUUUUCUUUGUUAUACUAAUAGAUUUUUGAAACACAGCUUAAGGGAACAGUAAUCCUAUCUUUGUCCAAACAUGACUGUUGAUUUUUUUGAUAGCCUGUUGAUUACCCUGAACAAUAUAGACAGUAAAAUAGAAACAGAAGUAGAUUGUCUCUUUUGUUACCUGUGCAAAAAAAGAAGCCCUGUUUCUUUUCUGCAUGUGGAAAUGGCUUCUUGACUAUCUGGGAUGGUAUGAAAUGGAAAGUCUGAGCAAGGGCAUGUUGUUUCUUCCUGGGGAUAUCAUAUUCAAGGCAUCCUGACCAUAAGUCAUAUAUUGCCUGAUUAGGCAGUGUUUUUGAAGUCUGACAUAGCUGUUGUCAUGGUCACCAUCACUGGUCAUAAAUGAUGCUAUCUUGCAUUGCGAUAUGACAUAUUUUCUACUCAAGUGGUUUCUAAUCUAAUGUACAAUGUACAGAAAAAGUCUUCUCAGCAGAAUAUUGAAUCUAUUAUGAACUAUCUAAUAAAAAUAAAAUGGGGUCUUGGGAACUAUUAUUAAUAUUAAAAACUGCACCAUUGUGUUAAUUAAUAUCACCAUAGCAAUAGCCCAGUGCAGCAAGAUCACAUGAUCACCACACAUGACCCCAUCAUUAUACAAGAACCAAAGUGAAAAUAGUGAAAACAAUUCAUAAACUCACCUUUUUUAAAAACAGAUUUCUAUUCUUCAGCUACUAUGAGGUGAACACAUUAUAUCUACCUUUGGAUCUGCACAAUUACUAAUGCUUUGGAGCUUAGACAUAAUAUGUCAAAAGCCACAGCAUUAAAGGAUGCAUUUGCAUAAAUUUUUAACUAGCAAUCCAGAGACUGGGUCCAUUAAUGAGUUGAAACCCAUUAUAGCAGCUGGGAAGCUUGAACUGAAUUAAUUAAAUAAAAAUGAGAAUCUGAUGACUGAAGGUAUCAGAUAAUGUAAAAUAACCCAUUUAGUUCACUAAUGUUUUUUGGGGAAGGAAAUCUCUCCUUACUCUUUCCAGACUACUGUAUAUGUGACUCAGGAACAGCUUUAAGUUUAUCUUCUAUCAAGGAACAAUGAAACCCUCCGCACUCAAUAUUGAAUAAUUUCAGAUAGCCUGCUCUUCCAGUUUGUGUCAGAACUGAACAGCUCUGACGUAAGGUUAUCCACUACACAUAUCUCAGGACUUUUCUCCCCACAGCUGCUGUCUGAUCUGCUGGACAGCUCCAGCAUUCCCUUUUGGUUCAGGUUUCCAACAACCUCCCAGUACUGACUCCCAUAGCUCCAACAUGACUUUUUUUCUUUAACCACCUUUAUUUAUCUUGUAACUGAAUGGCUCUGAAAAGUAUUUUCUAAACGGGUAGAAAAUUAAAUAAUCUGAGGUGCAAAGGGACUUAGGAGUCCUUGUGCAGGACUCCCUAAAUGUUAAUUUGCAGGUUGAGUUGAUGGUGAAGAAGGCAAAUGCAAACUUAACAUUAACUGUGAGAGGACUAGAAUAUAAAAGCAAGGAUGUAAUGUUGAGGCUUUAUAAGGCAAUGGUGAGGCCUCACUUGGAGUAUUGUGAGCAGUUUUGGGCUCUUUAUUUAUAAAAGGAUAUGCUGGCAUUGGAAAGAGUUCAGAGGAGGUUCACAAGAAUGAUUCUGAGAAUGAAAGGGUUAUUGUAUGAGGAGUGUUUGAUGGUUCUGGACCUGUACUCAUUGGAAUUUAGAAGAAUUGGGGUGAGCGGGAAUCUCCUUGAAACUUAUUGAUUGUUGAAAGGCAGCAGAUAGAGUGGAUGUGGAGAGGAUGUAACCUGUGGCGGGGGGAGUCUAGGACCAGAGGGCACAGCCUCAGAGUAGAGGGACAUCCAUUUAGAAUGGAGAUAAGGAGGAAUAUCUUUAACCAGAUGUGGCUGAGGAGACCAGGUCAUUGGGUAUACUUGAGGUAGAGGUUGAUAGGUUCCUGAUUAGUAAGGAAGUCAAAGGUUAUGGGGAAAACACAGGAGAAUUGGGUUGAGAGGGAAAAUGGAUCAGCCAUGAUGAAAUGCUAGAGCAGACUCAAUGGGCUGCAUGGCCUAAUUCUGCUGCUAUCUCUUAUGGCCUUAUCACUGAGUUGCUACUUGAGCACCAUUUCAUUUGUUGUUAAAGCAGCAAUAAUUCUCUUUAGAAGGUGGCACUGUAAUGUAACUUCACUGUAAUUCUCCUGUUGGCAAUGAACAUUACAGAGUGAAUGAAGAAUGAGUCUUGGUCAGACAUCAGAAGAUUGUCUGACACCAGGGCUAUUAAGUACAAUUUAAAAUAAAGUGAGCAAAGCAAUCGCUUGAAGGCUGAGCACAAAAUUGCUCUCUGCCAGUUUAAUACCAACAAUCUAUUUUAAAUGUAAUUGUAGCUCAGAUAAAAGGGAGUGAUUUGAUGUCACAAGGCUAAGCUGUCACACUGUAUGAUUUCCAGGUCUUAUACCCAGCAAUCAGAAUAAUCGCAUUUAGUUCCUUGCAAUCAGCUUUUAUAACUCUUCUUAUAAAUGAAAUAAAAGCUAACUUUAAUAUAUAAUCAUCACAUGAAAAGGGAAUAAAAUAAUGCAGUUUAAAGCUAUCAAUAACAACAUAUAAACUGAAAAUAAAUAUGUAUUCAAUAAUUACAUUGUAGUUCUCAUUAAGUAAAUUUGUACCUAUUCAUUAUGUGCAAAUUUACUUUUGUUGAAGUAUAUAAGAAUACUUUCUUUUGAAGUUUAUUCUAAUAUACUUCAACAAAUUAUCUAAUGUAUAGGUUAUCAUUAUCUCCAACUCUGGAGCAACUAGCAUGCUGCAGACCAUGGGAAAAGCAAUGAGUUUCAAGGUUAAAGCCAAAAGCUUUUAGGUAUUGUCCUUGCUCCUUGUUAAUGCUCAUAGCAACACUAAGUUGAACAGGGAACUUAAAUUAAAUGGUAGAUCAGAUGGGAUAAUUGGAGGGAUGAAGACAUUUUCCCAGUCAUUAUUGUUGCUUCAGUUACAUGUGGCAGUAAUUUCUAAACGAAUAAUAUUGUGCCAUUGCUUGGUAUUGGUGUGUUCAAAUUCCAGAGUAUUAUGACUAGAACAACUUUUUUUAGUUCAAGAUUAUGUGACUGCACAGCAGGUGGUGACUGAGAGCUGAAAAAAUUCAACAGGAAAUGUACAUCCUCAUCAAUGUCUGUCACACUGUAACUAGAUUUGUGUUGUACAGGUUCUUUGAGAUGUUUUGAAAAAUGGAUAAUUCAUGGACUGCACUGCAUCAUUUGUUGGUGCUAAAAUUGCUCUUUCAUACUACCAUUGGUAAUUCAAAUAGUGUUGAGAGACAUUUGGGAAUACAACUUGAAUGAAUUUGUGAUGAUGUAACAAUUCAGCUCAAUGCUUUCAUUCCUGUUGAGUCUUUGGUCUUAAUUUCCCCAUUUCCUAAUUUGAGUAAAUUCAAAGCAAGCUCUCACAAAUAGAUUGUCUGUUAAGUGCAAUUAUAUAUUGGUUUUCAAGUGUAAUCAUUUAACAUUUUUCCAAAAAUGUGAUGCUUCGAAACAGGCUUUCAAUUUAUUGGCUUUUGUACUUUGUGAAAUUACUAGUAGCAUUUGACAAAAGUCUCCAGCAAGCACUAAAGCACUAAAAAUCCUCCCAUUAAUUUAUUAUUGCAUUUAAGGUUUUAUAACAUUAGAUCUAAUGCUUCAGUGACUGCUUUGUGAGCCAUUGUACAUUAUCCUGGAAAUAAGCUUACAAUCACUUAGAAACUUUUUCUUUUACAGUUCCUUGAACUUUGCUGCAUUUUGGAGUCUUCAUUUUUGUAAAAUUUAAAGGGAGUUGAAAAGCCAAAAGGGCAGUCUUCCCGUUUGUCAAAUGAGUUGAAUCAUGUUUUGUUUUCAAAUUUAAGCCAAAAAAAGAGUUCUACACUUCCACCAGAUGCAUCCAAAAAUAUGUUCACUGUAAACAGUCUCUGUAAUAGUAUCUACACCAUUUCUUUUGUAUCUCAAUAAACUGGGUUACCUUCUUUCAAAUACAUUUUUCUGACUGAUUUAAAUCAUAGCUAGUUUCCCACAGAAACAGUGCACAAACUUUCCGUUUCUCUGUGAUUUAGGAAGACCAAAAUUACUUAGGUCAGAGCACCCUAAAUAUUUAGUACCUCAAAAAUAGAUCUGCAAAAAGAUCAAAUCAAUCUUCAAUGAGGGAAAAUAAAAAUCAGUCCCCCUUUGGACUGUGGAGGGCCUCCUGUGCUUAGAGUUUUAGUAACACAAAGAGAGCUAAACCAUACUCAUAUUCAAGCUUUCAGAUUUUUAGCUUGUUUUAGCACUGAUAUAUGUGUGGAUGUAGUAUUUUGUUACAUAUCUUUUGAAAAACUUAUAUAUACAAUAUAACUACUGGUGUCUGUGUAAUCUUUCUGUUCUCAAUAAAAGAUAUAAUCAAUGAUGA